AUUACAGCAGACUCAUGCGCCAGGUAUCCACACAGAAGUGAAAGUAAAAUAGAACAAGAGAAAACGAAAGAGGACCAGGUAAAAUACAUCGUAACACAGGAGGAAGAAAAUGCCACUGUCUUUCUUUUAACUUUUAAUGCCAGCUAAGUUACAAUAGACGAUCACGACCAGGCAACACAUCACCUGUGUGUCUGAAGACCGAUUUUGCAUCGGUGUUAAGAAGGGACACGGCACGUGCAUAAUUGUUUUACAGAGAUCCAUAACAACUGGAUUCAUUAAUUUAGAGAAUGCUCAAGCUUGCGUAUCUGCUGUCAUGCUUGACAGUCGUCAAUGCAGGUUCUCACUCACUGAUGGCAUUGGUAACAUAUAUAGUUGGACAGACACCAUUUCCUGAGUUCAGUGUUGUAGUGAUGCUGGAUGAUCUGCAAAUAGGAUAUUAUGACUCAACCACAUGGAAAGCUGUCUAUCGCUCUCACAGUGAUUCAAAAUACUAUGAUGAAGAGCAAAGUGAUGCUGGUGUUUUAUUUCAAGACAUGUAUAAUGAAAUGAAAACUGAUUCUGUUAAGAAACACUUAAAUAUCACAGAUGGUGUACAUGUUCUUCAGAGACUUGCUGGAUGUGAACUAUUGAAUGAUGAUAAACCAGGUCCACUUCAUUUCUGGGAUGCCUUAGAUGGUCAAAAUAUAAUGGAGUUCACAUAUGACCUGGAAAAAAACGAUAUCCAGAUGAAAAAGACAUGGAUACCAUGGAACCAAGUGAAACAGCUUAAACUAAAGUUUAUAUAUGAAAAUGUUUUUCAUCCUAUUUGCAUUAAAGUUUUGCGGCGGUACCUGAAUAUGGAAAAGAACAAUGUGAUGAGAAAAGUGAAACCCAGAGUCAGAAUCAUGAAGAAGACACUCCCAGACUCUCAAGGGCUUCAGAUGAGUUGUCUGGCCACUGGUUUUUACCCCCGUCACAUUAACCUGACUCUGUUCAGAGAUGAUCAGCCUGUGGAUGAUGAUCAGAUCACAGGAGGAGAGAUUCUGCCCAAUGGAGACAGAACUUACCAGAUGAGGAAGAGUUUGGUGAUCAGCACAGAAGAACUACGUAAAAGACACAAAUACAGCUGCACAAUGAAGCACCUCAAUCUGGACAACAAACUGGACAUUACGUUUGUUUCAGAUGUGGCUGAAUCUGACCCAGGAUCCUUCAGUCUGUCUGUAGUUAUCAGUGUGCUGGUGUUACUGUGUGUGGCUGUUCUCAUCAUACCUGCAAUCAUCAUAUGGAGGAAGAAGAGUCGUGCUUCUGGACGAGGACCUGGGAUGUUCACGAAGCCCCUUCCUGGAGAUUUGCUUAGGGCCCCCAAUAACCAAAACACCACCUUGCUUACUUCGGCAGAACAUACAAGGAAGUGAACUAGAGUGCCCUCUAGUGCACAGAAACAUUAAAGGGUUAGUUCACCCAAAAAUGAAAAUUCUGUCAUAAAUUACACACCCUCAUUCGUUCAUCUUCGGAACAAAAAUUAAGAUAUUUUUCAUAAAAUCCGAUGGCUCAAUGAGGCCUGC